CGGAAUUCCUGAAAUUAGUCGCUUCUAUUUAAAAAUAUUUCAAAAUAAUGCUACUAAAACUAUUUUUUACGAAAAUUUUAAAUAUAUUGUUAGAUGUUUUUUGCCUGUUGUUAAAGUAACAAAUAUCCUCUUUGUUUAUCUACAAUUAAUAAAUGAUUUGGAUAAUGACGUCAUUAACACCAUGCUGAUUUUUUUCUAACCAAUACCGUUGUCCAAAGUGAUUGGAGAGUGUUGUGUUCUGUGUUGUCCAAGUCCAAAAGUCAAAACCACCCGCAUAUAUUUAUUUGAAAACAAAAUGUUAAAUUUUUACUAUAUUUAGAAUAAUUAUUUUAAAGGGAAUAACUACUAUACAUUGUAAUUGUAAGAAUCAUUGGCGAAAAAUGAAAAGCCGUCCUAAAUAACUUAACGACCUGUAUUACAAAAUCUCCAAAGUUUUGUAAGAUGGAAGACGAAUUAGACGACAAAAUAUUUUAUCAAACAUAUGUGUCCCACAUGAAAAUCAUGUCCCGAAUAGCAUGGAGUGUACCCCUCAAAUUGUCCCACAUAACCUUUUCUUCUUACAUUUGGAGAGUAUUGAAACUAUACGUGUUGAAACCAGAAUUUUUAGUUUUUGGAGCUUUAAUUUUGUUUGUAUUUGUUUAUAUCCAAGCUGUUGAUGAAUGGAGUCGUAAUUUAUUAGGGAGACUACAGUACACCAUAGGUAGAUCAGGAACAAGGUCGAAAGUGGACAGGCUUAGUUUCUUCUCUUCAACAGAUGUUGAAAAAUCUAGCUGGCAGAUGAAAGUAGGAGCUAUAGCUGCUUAUGCUGUACAGGGCAGAAGACCCAAAAUGGAAGACAGGUUCGUUAUAAAUGACAAUAUAAAUAAUACAGGCGUAGCCUUAUUUGCUGUAUUUGAUGGUCAUGGUGGUGAAUUCGCUGCAAAUUAUGCCAAAGAAAAAUUAAUCCAAAAUCUAUUUAAUAAAGUUAUUGAAAUUAAAAGCCUAAUCUCUGGGAAACCAUCUCAAACAACACGUAAAGAACCAGAAGAAGAUGAAAAGAAAGAUCCUGAGAAACCAGUGACCCCUUCUCUUUCUGAACGGAGAAAAAGUUUUCGUCGCACUAGCUCAACUACUGAUGAAUGCAUUAAGACUGGUAAAGAAAUUACUGACCUACAAUUAUUAUCAAAACUGGACAGUAUUCAACCCAUAUCUAAAAGCUCAAGACCUUUAAAAACAACACCUAGUUUUAAGAAAGUUCCUGCAACCUGUUAUUUUGAUAGACAAGGCACUGUUAACUAUGAGAAACUUCUAACUGAUGAAGUGCUGGCUGCAGAUGAAACUUUAGUGCAAAUAGCUAAAAAAAGUUUAGAUGUUGCAGGUACCACAGCUCUAAUAGCCAUCUUAGAAGGAAAUAAAUUAAUAGUAGCCAAUGUAGGUGACUCUAGGGGAGUAAUGUGUGAUGGAAAGGGUAACGCCAUACCCUUAUCAUUUGAUCACAAACCUCAGCAAAUGAGAGAACGAAAAAGGAUAAAAGAAGCAGGCGGUUUUGUGACUUUCAAUGGAGUGUGGCGUGUAGCUGGCAUUUUAGCCACGUCCAGAGCCCUUGGAGACUAUCCUCUGAAAGAUAAAAAAUUUGUAAUAGCAGAUCCUGAUAUCUUGACAUUCGAUUUAAAAGAUCACAAACCAUCUUUUCUUAUAUUAGCUUCAGAUGGCUUAUGGGAUACAUUUUCUAAUGAGGAAGCUAUUAAUUUCAUUAAAGAAAGGUUACACGAAUCUGAUUAUGGUGCUAAGAGCUUAACUUUGCAGUCUUAUUACAGGGGAUCACUGGAUAACAUAACUGUCAUAAUCAUUAAUUUUAAAGAUAAUGCUUUCAGUCUUUUUGACAGGUCUAAUACAGAUAAAAACAAUUAAAAGGCUGUUUCUGGCUUACCAACCAUUAUCAGAAAAACUCAUCUUUAAUAUUGCUGACCAUUAACAACAAUUGUGGUCCAUUAGAAUUUUUAAUAAAUAUUUUUACAAACUUGAAAGUUUACUUCAAAAGAUUUAUAACUUAGUGGAAACAUUUGUCAUUUCUAAAGUUCUAAAUAACACUAUUUUUGAAUUAAAUAUAAAAUAAAAAAGACAGCUUAACAUUAUUGAAAUGUUUUUAUUUAUCUUGGAAUCCAGUCUAUUGCUUCUUAUAAAAUCUUAAUUAUAUUUCAAAGUUUUAAUGAAAAUUAAUAUUUUCUGUAAUAAAAAUAAUUCAUUACUACAUUAUAGUUCAAAACGAAAAAAAAAAAAAAAAAAAAUA